AUGGAUCUGUUUGGAGAUAUAGAUGACAUUUCUUCAGAGAGUGAUGAGGACAAUCUACUACCCAUUCCAAGACAGCCUGUUGAUGAACACAGAAUACCUCAGGACCAGCAGGAAGAAGAGCCUGUUUCUGAAACCAGAAUAGAAAUAAAAAUUCCCAGUAUCAACUCUGACUUAGGAAAUGAAUUAUAUUUUGUUAAACUACCCAAGUUUCUCAGUAUAGAACCCAAACCUUUCGAUCCUCAGUUUUAUGAAGAUGAAUUUGAAGAUGAGAAAGUGCUUUAUGAGGAAGACAGAACCAGGUUAAAAUUAAAGGUAGAAAAUACUAUACGAUGGAGGAUUCGCCGAGAUGAAGAAGGAAAGAAAGUUAAAGAAAGCAAUGCCCGGAUAGUCAAGUGGUCAGAUGGGAGCAUGUCUCUGCAUUUAGGCAACGAUGUGUUUGAUGUCUACAAAGCCCCACUGCAGGGCAAUCACAACCACCUAUUUAUAAGGGAAGACACUGGUCUACUGGGACAAGCCAUCUUUAAAUCCAGACUUACCUUUAGACCUCACUCUACAGACAGUGCCACACAUAGAAAGAUGACCCUGCCACUCCUGGAUAGAAAUUCAAAGACACAGAUUAGAAUCUUGCCAAUAGCUGGUCGUGAUCCUGAAUGCCAACGCACAGAAAUGAUUAAGAAAGAAGAAGAACACUUGAGGCUGUCUACUCACCAGGCUGUCCAUCUGCAGGGGAAACAGAACCAGCAGGGGCCAAGUGUUCUCGACCAGGACCUUGGCAGUGAUGAGGAUGAGGAAGAGGAACAAGCUAGAUAUUCCUCAGACGACAGUGAUGAAAGAUCAGAAGAUGAAGUUCAAAGAUUACUCAAAGAAAAGAAAAUCACUGGUGAUGAGGAGAUGAAUAUUCCAGAAAGAGGAAAGCAAGGGGUGAAGAGGAAGAAGAUGAUUGAAGCAUAA